UUUUUAAGUAGUACAUACAUAAUUUUUUUUCGGACAUAAAAAAUGAUAGAUAAAUCAUAUUGGUCUCGAAAUAUGUAUCGUUUAAGUUUGCUAUUUUUUUUUUUCUUCAAAUUUGCCGGUCUUGCCACGUUUUCUUUAAAUAAUCAGGCAAAUUUAAACAAGAACUCGGAAAAUAUUAUGUUUUUUAUCAGUUCUAAAUUGGGAAUAUUUUACAAUUUGUUUGGCAGCUGUCUAAUAAUCCUAUUGGGUUUGUACUCAAUACAAGCAACAAUAUAUUUAAAAUUUGUUCACAAAACAGAUGUAACAUGUAUCAUAGAAAUUUUCCAAAUAAUAUUAGGCAGUUUUGUUAUAAUCUCAACUUUAUUAUUUUAUUGUAUAUUUGAAUCGGUUAUCGUAAAAAUUGGAAAUUAUUUAAUUAAUAUUGAGAAUGUGUUGCGUCGCUUGCAACAACCAUUAAAUCGAAGACAUAUUUUUAAUAUUUUAUUUCUCAUCUGUUUAUUUAUAUUAAUCUUAUUUAUCACUCUCUUGAUUACUGAAAUCAAACUUUUCAAUUCUGAACCAGUAAUAAAAUUAAUGGGAGAUUUUAUACCUUUGGUCUUUGUAGGUUUGCUUUUCAUUCAAUAUUUUUUCGUGCUUAAUUUAAUAUAUGUAAUUUUUGUAAAAUUAAAUUGCAUUAUACAAAGCUUUUGUCGAAGUAGAUGCGAUGAUAUAAAUUUAAAAAUUUUGAAUCAGACUCAAUGUGUGUUCAUGAGUUAUUCAAGAAUUCAUCUUUUUAUUCAAAUUCGAAACAUUUACGAUCAUCUUUGCGAUAUUUGCAGAGAAGUUUCAGAUUUUUAUUCUUUUUCCAUUCUCACAGCACUCUCUUUUAUUUUUUUGGUAAUAUUAUACAACCUUUAUUAUCUUUUUUUACUUUUUAACGAUGAGGAAACAAAUUUUUUACUUAUUACAAAUACCAUAAUUUGGAUAAUAUUGCCGUUGUCUCUUCUUGCUUUGUUAACUUCGAAGGUAACCAAAGUGAUAAACGAGACCGAAAAAACUGGAUAUAUUAUACAUGCAUUGUUAAAUUGUACGAUCGAUCGAGAAACGAAAAUAGAGCUCGAACAGUUUUCACUUCAAUUGCUACAUCAAAAAGUGAAGUUUACAGCGAAUGGAUACUUCACAUUAGAUAACAUUCUUUUUCAUUCGAUGAUUAAUACAGUAACCACGUAUAUGGUGAUUUUGGUUCAAUUUAAAGAGGAAGAUUCGAAAAUACACUUUAAUUUCUGCAAUAACACGCAAUGAUUAUCGUAAAAAACACAGUUAUCUUACAAAUUGAAUAUUGUUUGGAUUUUUGAUACUUGGAAACAAGAUGAGAAGAGAGGAUACAUAGGAAAUUUAUUUGGGACAUGUAUAAGAAUUCAUUUCUCCGUUUUAUCCAAAAACGUUUAUCCAAAAACGUUAAUAUAUUUUAUAAAUAUAAAAACAUUAAAUAUGUAAAAUAAAGAUAAAUUGAGAGAAAUGAAUUUUGUAUCAUAAUCAAUACUGUAUUUUUUUUUUUCUUUUUUUUUUUUUAUUAAUCAGAAUUUAUCAGCAAUUCCGUUAAAGAGGACUAAUACAUCGAUUGCAUGCAUGGCAGCGAAUUAUAUGAUUGCAGCUGAUUAUAUACAUUGUUGCUCGCAAUGAGUUUCUUCGCUUAUGUGUGUAUGCACAUUAAUAGUCACAAUUAUGUGCAAUUUGUUUAUCCUUUAAAAAUCCAAAUACAUACUGCUUAGUUAUUAACAAAAUUAUUCAUUACACAUUUUUAUUCAUGAUGAAAAUUAAAUGAUAUCGAGAAUAAUGAACUGUAGUAUAUAUAUAUAUAUACAAAACAAACUGGUAAUAAAACCUAUAUAUUUGAUACUAUACGAUAUUAUGCUUAAAUUUAUAUUUUAUAUUUCUACGCUUUCAUCAACUUCGAUCGAUCGAUCAUUAUUUUUGAAAAAUCUUUGGUAUUUCAUUGUGAUUAUGCUGGACUAGAUCUUUUAAAUAAUGCACAAUAUACACUUAUGAUAUUUUUAUAAAAAAGACGCAGUAAACAUAUUUGCGAUUUUUAUAAAAUAUGCAAAUUAAAUAUUACUAUAUGCAACUAAUAUAUUAUCUAGUAGAAUACUGUUUCGCGUUUCUUCAUCAUUUUAUUAAUUUUUUACAUGUAUCUUUUAAAGAAGAGUUUCAUUUAUCUCGCGCAUGAUAUACAAAAUGGUGUUUUUUGUAUCUUUAAAACAAAAGACGCAAAUAAUGGUCUUUCUCAAUGGAAAAUCUAAUCACAACCAGUUAAUAUUUAAGCAGCAAUUUAACAAAUAUAUUUCUUAAACAUCGUCAGAAAUGUUCGCGUAUAGCUCCAAUUAAUGACUUCUUU